ACCAAUGUCAGCAUUUGGUCCAGAUUGGGCGAGUUUGUGAGGAAGGUCGAGUCUCGUUGCAUUUCUGUUAUCUGUCAACACUUUCCCUCGUUCGAUUCUUUAUUCAAGCCAGAAGCUCAAUACAAAGAUUUCAAUUGACAUUCAAGUCAAGUCACCAAGGGGUCAUCUUCCAGAAUCUUCCUGUGUGCCAUCAGAGUCAAGCAUCAUGACAAAACCGUGGGCUAACGAGCCAUUCGCUCUCAUCCCUUCGCCGACAGCUUCGAAGGAGGUCUCCAAGGAGACACUCAAAGUUGCGACCGACAUGUGCUUCGUACACAACCUCUUCUUCCGCAACCUCAACGCCGUGCACUUGCAAUAUGAGCAGGUCACCAAGCCCGAAGACAUCGCAGAUUUCAUGGUCUUCUGCCAGUGCAUACACGAAGGGAUCCACACGCACCAUCACCACGAGGAGGAGUUCUUCUUCCCCGAAGUCGAAGUGUACACCGGCCAAGCAGGACUCAUGGAAACCAAUCUUCAGCAACAUCACGCAUUUGAGGAAGGCCUGAAGAGGUUUGGCCAGUAUGUGUACAGUACCAAACCUCAUGAAUACAACCCGAAGGAUUUCAAGGAGAUCCUUGAUAGUUUCACGCCCGCAUUGGUCAAACAUCUGAAUGAUGAGAUCCCGACAUUGUUGGCGCUAGAGAAGUAUGGAGGAGACAAGUUGCUAAAUUUAUGGCAAGAGCUCGAGAAGAGGAUUUUGGCUGGUGCUAUCGAUCCGUAUCGUGUGAUGCCAGUCGCGCUCGGAAGCUUCGACAAAACGUUUGAUAAGAAUCAGGUGGCGCCGUUCCCUUGGUUCGUGCCGUAUUUGUCGUGGCUUUGGUUCUCGAGGAAGCACAAGGGCGCGUGGAGGUUUAGUCCCUGUUCGAUCUGGAGUAAACCAAGGGAACUGCAGUUUGCGAUGGAGAAGUGAGAAUAGAGCAGGCUGGAGUGAGUACUGGGUUGUUGGUUGGCAUUUUGGUUCGAAGUACUUUGAGCCAGCGUUUGUCUUUUGCGGAGAUACUUCUCCCUAAUUUUCUCGGGAAAUGGUGAUGGCAUAAGGUGUAUCUUUUGUAUACUAUUAGCAUACUUUUCAUAGAAUUUGACUUGCUGCAAUGUCCGGA